AUGACCAGCCGAUUCAUCACCCCUGAAAUUCAGACCGAAGGCUACCGUCGUAAACUAAGCAUUGAGAUGCGCGCUGAGAGGCGGGCGCUCUCGUUUUGGCCGAUCGAAAUGACCAUCGGAGGCCGAUCAAGCUCAACAUUUCGACGAGCUCUUCCGUCGCCUCUUAGAACCUGCCACCGACAAUCAUCUCACAAUGCCCAGAUCGCCAAGGGACUCAGGCAAGUCAAAGACGAUCCCGAGGGCCCGAUGAUCACGAAUGCCGACUCGGAUGCGGGCCUGUUGGGCUCAUUGCUCCUACCCAAGCUCGUAAUUCCAGAACUCAACAGCCGGCUGAAACUGCCCGGCGCACUUGGCGAGGCCGGCUCGACCUUUGUCUCCGAAGCUCUCCCGACUCUUCAACCCCGAGAUCCUGUUCAUCAGACUCAGGCACACCCACCAUUUUUUAUCAUCCAAGUCGCCCACUUCCUCCUCUCCGUCGACCAGCUCCUCUCUCGCCUUGGAACUCCUCCAACGCCGUCCCAAUACUGA